GCCAGGGACAAUCUUUUGUUCUUGCAAGGCUGGUUCCACAAGUUCCCUCAAUACAGGAGCACAGAUUUGUUUAUAGCAGGGGAAAGUUAUGCAGGCCACUAUAUUCCUCAACUUGCAAAGCUUAUGAUUGAAAUUAACAAGAAGGAGAAGUUAUUCAAUUUGAAAGGAAUUGCACUAGGUAAUCCUGUUCUAGAUUUUGCUACAGACUUGAAUUCAAGGGCUGAGUACUUCUGGUCUCAUGGAUUGAUAUCAGACUCAACAUACAAAAUGUUCACUUCAGCUUGUAACUAUUCAAGAUAUGUGAGCGAAUAUUAUAGAGACUCGGUUUCAUCUAUUUGUUCAAUAGUUAUGAAACAGGUUAACACAGAAACCAGUAGGUUUGUGGACAAAUAUGAUGUUACCCUUGAUGUUUGUGUUUCAUCAGUCUUCUCACAAUCAAAGUUUAUAAGUCCUAAGCAAGUAUCUGAGAGGAUUGAUGUUUGUAUAGAAGACGAAACCGUGAAUUAUCUGAAUCGGAAGGAUGUCCGGAGGGCUCUCCAUGCUCGGCUUAUUGGAGUUCGCAGAUGGGAAGUUUGCAGCAACAUUCUAGAUUAUGAGUUUCUUAACAUAGAGAAACCAACAUUCAAUAUUGUUGGAUCACUUAUCAAGGCUGAAAUUCCGGUUCUCGUUUACAGUGGAGAUCAAGAUUCUGUUAUUCCGUUGACCGGUAGCCGCACGCUUGUCCAUAGAGUAGCAAAAGAACUGGGACUCAACACGACCGUCCCUUACAGAGUUUGGUUUGCAGGAAAGCAGGUUGGUGGUUGGACUCAGGUUUAUGGUAACAUCCUCUCAUUUGCUACCAUCAGAGGCGCUUCUCAUGAAGCUCCAUUCUCACAGCCUGAAAGAUCACUCAUGUUAUUUAAGUCGUUCCUGGAAGGUAAACACUUACCUGAAGUUUUCUGAUGAGCUACUAAUUAAGGUACUAAAUGUUCAGACUCCAAAGUGAUAAUAUUGAGAUUGCAUGUAUACAUGUGAUGUGACUAUUAAUUCACGGCAGCAUUGUUUGUUCCUGCCAAAAGAGAGAAACUUAAGCAUCCAUUAGUUUGUAAAUCUGGUUUUCUCAAUGCAAAAUAUCUUUGUUGGAGAAAUUUUGUAAGAAGUGUGUUCAGAGAAAGAACGUGAAUACCUUCCCAUUCUCACCAUGGAUGAUCAGAGUUGGCUGCGACGGAGUAUACUGAGUAAUAACCACUAACCAGCCUUGCUUGCAUGAAAUCAUUCUGCUGUAAACUGGCAACGGAAGAAACUUCAAAGUAAUUUGAACAAUUCUUCUGUAAAUUGAUAUGAAUGAUCAUUCAUAUCAGUUGUUGCAUAGCAAUGCUCAACGGCAAUGAAAGGGAGAUUUUGGAUUCA